GGAAAGGGUGCCACCAUGACGCCACUUCCUGCCAGCAAUGUGCAGAUGCUGCACAGCACUUGCAUCAUCAUGGUGGCCACUGUGUGGAUGGGAAGCCGCCAUGAUAGCGCCACCGCCACGCACUAUGGUUUGGGAGCAUGUGGUUACUGCGCAGUCUCGAAUCCUAAUUUUGGCCCAGGAGAAUGCAAGGAACUGGAGUCGUGUGACAAGUGCCUAGAAGGAGUUGCUUCCCAGAACAUCACCAACUGCAUGUGGAUGUUCUGCCAAGAGUCUCAGGAAAAACCAGGUACUGGCCGCUGUGUGGAAAAGGGAGAAGAAGCCAAGGAGAAGUGUUCAUUUUUCAAUAUUACCACCAUGUGUGAAGGUACCACGGCCGGCAGCCCUCCCCUAACUGGCUCCCCUGAGUUUCGUCCACCAGGUUUCGACUCUGCCAGCUUCAUUGGAGGGAUAGUGCUGGUGCUUAGCAUCCAAGCUGUCCUGUUUUUUGUGAUGAAAUUCCUCCGGUCAAAGGACAGCACCUACCAGACACUGAUCUGAUGACCGAACACCAGGGAGCUGUCUUGACCUGUUUCUCUUGUGGGAAGAGUAGCUGGAGAAGAGUAGCUGGACGCAUUUGGAGCCAGCAGAACGCUUUCUUUUCUUCAGAGGGAGUUGCUGAAGCAGACAAUUUGCUGCAGAUCUAUGCAUCCCAGUUGCCAUCUUGGGUGCGCCUGUGUCUGGCUUUGAUUCCUGGAUCCUUUUAGACUUGGUGAGAAAAUGGUACAAAUAUAUGUGAUAUCUUUUUACUAGCAGUGUCAAGCUAUAGGGAUCUUUAUCUGCUUCACUGUUGGAUAUAUGGAACAGUGAGAUUAAGAACCUCCUCAACCAAGUGAAUGACUUGUUUUGCUUAUUUUCUGUAGAACUUUAAUUUGGAUUAAUUAAUCUUGUUCAAAACCAACAAGGAGUCCUUUGGCCUUUUCCCAUUACCUCCUGGCCUUGGAUCUGCCUGACCACUUGAGUUUGCAAUGUGAAUGUCCCCUCUCUGGGUCUUCCCCAGCAUCAGUGUUGUAGGUAGUCCUGAAUUAACCAUUUGCAUGGGAGUUCUACUAAUCCUCGUGGCCUCCUGAAUCUUGGGGGGAAAGGCUAGUAUCUAAGCUCCUAAUAACAUUGUGGAUUCCACCCUAAAAUGUGGGUUGCUCACUAUGAGUCUAUUUCCCUGCCUUGUUUAUUUGUUCUUAAACAUAUCCAGCAAGACUUGAACUACUUCACUUGUUUCAGUGAAACUACACAUAUCUUUUUUUUUUAAGCUGGAUCACUUUAAAACAUUUAUAUCUGAAUGCAGACAUCAAGCCCCUUGAGUCCUGAUGGUAACAUAUCUUGCACACGAAGCAAGGGGUCUCACUUGCACAGGUUUUUUUAUGCCUGAAGUAUGGAUCCUGCUUUCUGGGACAGGAAUUGCUACAGCAGAGUGACAAAGCUAAACAGGACUGAUGUUGGAUUUCUUAUGGUAACUGCCUAUUAAAGAUGGAUCCCCAAAGACUUCAGUUCUGAGCUGCUCUUCCGCCCUAUGAAAGAGCAGUAAAUGCAAGAGGUGGCAGACCUCUCAAAUAAAAUGAAAUAAUUGUGGA